AUGAAGUUUUCAUCUGUGGUCCUAUGCUCUGUUUUGGUCCAGUUAGCCAGUGCUGCACCAGUGUUCGUGACCGAUUUUGUCACUCAAAUGGUUACCGUGACUGUCAUGGCUCACCAGGAUGUUAGUACUACAACUACCACCACUAGUCCUGCAUCAACUACUACUUCUAGUUCUGCUAGUACUGUCGUUACUACUAGCUCAACUGUAUGGUCCGAUGCCACCACUUCGACCUCAACUUUCCAGGAUUUGACCACUUCAUCAUCCUCAUAUACCCCAGCUACAUCGAAAGGAAAUGCAGCCACCACUUUAUCUACAAUCAUUACUUCUUCUGCAGCACCAACCACCUCUUCUGCCACAACCACUUCUUCUACAGCUGCCACUUCCUCAUCCUCGUCUUCUUCCUCAGUCUCGACUUUCCAGCAGACCAUGAUAGACACACACAAUGCUAAAAGAGCCCUUCACCAAGCUGGUGAUCUCACAUGGGAUAGCACACUCGAGAGCUAUGCCCAGGACUAUGCCGACAAGUAUGACUGUUCAGGCACCUUGACCCACUCCGGUGGUCCUUACGGUGAGAAUUUAGCAGUUGGUUAUUCUUCAGAUGGUGCUGUUGAAGCUUGGUAUGAUGAAGGUAACGAUUAUGAUUACUCUUCAUGUUCUACAUACGAUCAUUUCACACAGGUCGUUUGGAAGUCAACCACCAAACUCGGAUGCGGUAUCAAGCACUGUGGUGGAUCCGUUGGUGAUUACAUCAUCUGCUCUUACAAUCCUGCCGGAAACUACAUCGGUGAGUGCACUGAGAACGUUUUGCCAUGA